UGAUGGGCCGCUGGUUUGUACUCACUCUCUGCGUUUUGCUCGUUGAUGGUGUGUUUGGCGUUGAAGUGAUGGCAGUGUCAUUGAUGGAGGGAGACUCUGUUACUCUAAACACUGGUGUUACCAAACAACAACAUGACAAGAUGCUGUGGUAUUUUGAAGACACUCUCAUAGCUCUGAUCAAUGAUCCCGAUACGAGCUGUCUGUAUGAUGGAGAAGACGGGAGAUUCAGAGGCAGAGUGAAGGUGGACUAUGAAACUGGAUCUCUGACCAUCACAAACAUCACAUCUGAACACACUGGACGUUAUGAAGCAGAGAUUAUCAGAAGAGAGAGCCCAGGAACCAGCCAAAGCUUUAACAGAAACCCCAAGUGUGACAGCACAAAAAUCACCAGAAAAAUCAGGACCACUCGUGAUGACACCAUAAAAACAUUCAGUUUGAUCGUCAGUGGAGGGUCAGUCAAUGAUAUUUACCAAUGUUAUGAUACACUCAAUGUUAUUGACAAAUGUUAUGAUUCAUUCACAAGUAUGUACCGAUGUUAUGAGUUGUUCACGGAAAUUUACCAAUGUUAUGAGUCACACAAGUCACUCAAUGGUAUUUAUAAAUGUUAUAGGGCACACAAGUCACUCUAUAAUAUUUAUGAAUGUUAUGAGUCACUCAAUGUUAUUUACCAAUGUUAUGGGUCACUCAAUGAUAUUUACCAAUGUAAUAAGUCACCCAAGUAAAAAAAAAAAAAAAUAAGUAGAACUAAUUCGGUGUUUCUCAACUGGUGGGUCGCAAGGCCGUUCUGAGUGGGUCGCAAAGUGAGUGUGACACCCUGUAUGUAUAGUCACAGGAAUUUUUUUUUUCAUCAUGUAUUUGAUUUAUUUUAUUGUGUUUAUGAUAUUGUUUCAAUUACUGUUAUUAUGGACUUGUGGUGCGUAAUACCCUCAGUGGACUGUAGGGUGAGACAAUGUGCUGAUCAGAGACUGUGGUAACUGAGUCGC